CCCCGCCCCCGGGGGCGCGGCCCGGGCCUCGCCAGGCUAGAAAGGGCCGGGCCGGGCGGGGGGCGCAGCGGCAGAGCCCGGAGCGCAGGGCCCACGCUGCCGGCAUGGCUCUGGAUUUCCUGGCGGGAUGCGUCGGCGGUGCUGCUGGUGUGCUGGUGGGACACCCCUUUGACACUGUUAAGGUCCGUCUGCAAGUUCAAAAUGUAGAGAAACCUCUCUACCGUGGGACUUUCCAUUGCUUUCAGUCCAUCAUAAAGCAAGAAUCUGCUUUUGGACUCUAUAAAGGUAUUGGGUCACCAAUGAUGGGACUGACAUUCAUUAACGCUCUGGUGUUCGGUGUGCAAGGAAACACCCUCCGUGCUCUGGGCAAAGACACUCCUCUGAACCAGUUCAUUGCAGGCUCAGCAGCAGGGGCCAUCCAGUGUGUCAUCUGCUGCCCCAUGGAGCUGGCCAAGACAAGGAUGCAGCUUCAAGGAACGGGAGAAUACAAACUGAAAACGAAGAACUACAAAAAUUCUCUGGACUGUUUGAUCAAAAUCUACCAGAAGGAAGGGCUGAGGGGCAUCAACAGGGGCAUGGUCUCUACCUUCAUCCGAGAAACUCCAAGCUUUGGCUUUUACUUCCUCACCUAUGACUGCAUGACUCGGUACCUGGGCUGUGAGGCUGAGGACAGCUAUGUUAUCCCCAAGCUGCUGUUUUCCGGGGGGAUGUCAGGAAUUGUGUCCUGGCUCUCCACGUACCCCAUGGACGUGAUCAAGUCGCGGCUGCAGGCCGACGGCGUCGGGGGCGUCACGCAGUACAGCGGCAUCCUGGACUGCAUCCGCAAGAGCUACCACGAGGAGGGCUGGAGGGUGUUCACCAGGGGCCUCACCUCCACGCUGCUCCGUGCUUUUCCCGUCAAUGCAGCCACCUUUGCCACUGUCACUGUGUUCCUGAUGUACAUGAAGUCAGAGGACAACCUUCCCGAAUGCGAGCCGGCUCCGGUGAUCCCUCAGCCUUCCAGUCUGUGAACCUUCUCUCCUUGUUCUCCCCAUCCAAAGCCCAGCUGGUUGGGUUUUGUGAAACAUGAACACUUGGCCCACACAGGUAGUGUAGAGUUAUGCUACCUGUAUAAAUAAUUCCUAAAUGUAUCAAAUUGGGAUUUCAUCUCACUACUUGUAUAAGCAGCAUCUUGCCUUAUUCAGGACUGCACAACUAGUAGUAUUCAAGUAAGAGGGGGACCUGCCCUCAGUAAGUUGCUGUUGUGGCUCCAGAAGAGGCUCUGGGGAGUGUUCUAGCACCAGAAAUAGAGUUUUCUUUCACUCAGGUUCUGAAUGACCGAGUUGAGUUGAAUGCAGAAAUGUUUUCAUGAAAGAAAUACUCAUUUUGUAUGUGACAGGAGCCAGUGUACUCCUCUAAGGUGAAGAAGGGGAAGAAGUUUGGUGGUGGAGGCAUUUUGCAGGUAACCCUGAACUGUAAAGGCAUGGACUAGCAUUCAGCUAGUCCUGUGUUUUAGUUUUCCUUUGCUUUUAUAUGUCAAUGGUUUUAGUAGCAACUUUGUUCAUACUGAUUUGUAAAAAACAAACAAACGGAAAAAUUUGUACCUAAGUUACUCCCUGACCUUUCAGCUUUGAAUAAAUAUCUUAAGCACAAAGUUAGCAUCUGCACUCAAAUGCACUUGUUCCUCAAAUCUCAAGGCUUGUAAGGAUUUAGGGAAACUCAAAUGUAGUAGGACUGGUGUUGUUUGCCCUCACCUCUCUCUCAUUUGGUGGGUGCACAGACUGCAUUGAGUGGUUCAGUCUGGUGGACUUUGUUCUCUGAAGUUAAUGCAACUUUGCACCACUUCUCCCAACAUGCCCCAUAGCAGCCAGUGAUGUACAGAAGUCAAAGUCCUGCCUGUGGUAUUGCACAAAAUGUUUGUGGGUGCAAUGUUAGCUUAGCAGCCUGAAGUAUCUUAGAAAUAAGUAAAAUAUCUAGGAUUGGAGGUUUCAUACCUUUUCAGAAAACAGGGGUGUAAGUGUCUGAAAUGCCCACUGUUCAAUACACUUGCAUUAUGAAUUUGAACAAUACUGAUUUUUAUGUAUUAAGUUACAGUGCUAGUGGAAAGAAGUCUGAAAAGGGUCUUAGAGAAUUUUCUUGUUACAUUAAUCUGCUGUAAUUUUUUUUACCAGUCUGUUCAAGAAGAAUUGAAUUAGCCAAAGAGCUACAAUGAGUUAUUUAAGAUUUGAGCUAAAAGCUACACAUAUUUGGCACAAAGAGCCAAGAGGAAGGACUGUAUGUGUGUGAGCAAUGUUUUCAAACAUAUCAAACUAGUUCAGUAAGUACAAUGUGUUACACUUUUGGUUGGGACAAGUGCAAUAUGUGUUUAAUAUAUAUGAAUUUUCUAAAGAAGCAUUGUUUCAUAGCAUUUUGCACUGUAACAAAAUAUGCUGGAGAAACCUGUACAAUUGGUAUGUUUCUUUAUACCUUGAAGGUAUGGUGGAUGUUUUAGUGCCUACUUGCACUGAGAUUCAAAUUGAAUGUUAAAUCUGUCUACUAAGCUGCAUAUGCACAACAAAUCACAGCAAAGACCAUUUACACCUUUGUACAGAAGUAUGUCAAUUCUUGUAUAUAUAUAUUGAGGGAAUAAAUUUUUUUUAAAAUUUUGCCUUUGA